AUGUCUGUCAUUGAAGAUUGGCCAAUAGUUGUGGAUAAUGGUGCUGGACAUUUGAAAGCUGGUUAUGCUGGUGAUGGAGCACCACGAAUUCUUGUCCCAAUGCUAACUGGAAGACCAUCAAAAUCUUCAAAAUAUACUGAUUGGUUUGUCGGUGAACAUGCUAAUGCACUUAGAAAUGAAUUAAUACUUAGUUGUCCUAUUGCAAAUGGAAUUGUUACAGAUAUUGAUGAAUUAUCCAUAGUAUGGUAUUAUAUGUUUAUGAAAGAACUGCGCACAAAUCCAGAACAUCAUCCUGUGUUGAUCAGUGAAUAUCCACUGCUACCAAAGUAUAAUCGUGAAAAAUUAGCUGAAAUGAUUUUUGAAAAAUUUCAUAUGCCUGGUUUAUAUUUCGCAGAUCAAUCUGCAUUGGCUUUAUACGCCUAUGGAUUGACAACUGGGCUAGUUGUUGAUGUUGGUACUGAAAUGUCAAAUAUUGUACCAGUGAAUAAUACAAUUAUGAUACCGGGAGGAGUUAGACGUCAAUACUUUGGAGGAUCACAUGUCACUGAAUUAUUUCGAUAUAUGCUAUCAGAAACACAUCCACUUGCUGCUAACUCAAUCUCUCGUGAUUUCGCACGUAUGCUGAAAGAGAAAGUAUGCUAUGUAUCUAUGGAUACCAAUCGUGAAUCAAUUAAGUUGGAUUCAAUGUCCAAUACACAAAAUGUACAUUAUACACCAGAUGGACAUAUAAUUCGUUUAACUAAAGAAAGAUAUAUGGCACCGGAAUUAUUAUUCUCUCCAAAUCAUACUGGACUUCCAGGUACAGUUGGAUUACAAAAUGUAAUUAAUGAUGCAAUACAAAAUUCACCUUAUGACAUACAAUCAACUCUGUAUUCAAAUAUUGUAUUAAGCGGUGGAUGUACCCUAUUUCCAGGCUUUGCUCAACGAUUGGAAAGUGAACUGAAGUCAUUGAAUUCAUCAACAAAUCAACGUAUUCUUGUACAUAAAAAACAAAAUGAUCAGAAAUAUGCUGUAUGGAUAGGUGGAUCAAUUCUAGCCUCAUUAAGUUCAUUUCGUAAAAUCUAUAUUGAGAAAAAGGAGUAUGAAGAGGUCGGUGCUAGUGUUGUACAUACAAGAUAG